UACUUACAGAGUCACGGCUGGAGAACGUUAACAAGGAUCUUUGUUUCUAGCAGUGGAUUGGAUUCCUGGGUAAAACAUUUUGACACUGUCUCACAAGUAACAAGGACUGUGUACUUGAACUGGGACUACUGAGCAGUUUAACAUUAACUGAGGGUGAGAUGUUGAUUGGAUGGAGAGGUGAAACCGGCCAGCGUAAGAAAAUGUUUGAGGUUUCAUCUUGAAAACAAAUUAAAUGUAAAAUGAUGAAUUCCCCUCUAACUUGUACCUUUGGAGCUAACUAAAUACUGAACCUUUACAUAAGCUAGCAUUGUGUCCCCUUUCUAGCUUGUUCUAUACGCUUUUUGUCCGACUUUUCCCGGGCUGUUCAGAAGAGGAAAGCCAACCCCCCUGUCCCAUUUUGUUUUGAAAUCUUUGUUGCACUGUACAUUGCCAGCCUUUGUCACCCCAUAGCACAAUGCCAGUUUCAGAUAGACUGGCUCAAUAUGUGUGGUCAGCCCAUUCUCCCUUACUACGCUCAACAGGAUUCAUUUCAUCAACAAUUUAAGAUUAAAAAUAGCCAUGCAAAUUGCAUGGCACAGGCUUCUUUGUAAGGAUUUAUUCUGGAAUGCUCAAGUUUACAUCAAGGUUGAGCCAUGGGUGACUGGUCCAUACUUGGCCGCUUCCUGUCUGAGGUCCAAAACCACUCUACAGUGAUAGGGAAGAUCUGGCUCACUAUGCUGCUCAUUUUCCGUAUCCUGCUUGUGGCGCUGGUUGGUGACGCCGUCUACAGCGAUGAGCAGUCCAAGUUCACUUGUAACACACAGCAGCCUGGCUGCAACAAUGUCUGUUACGACACCUUCGCUCCUGUUUCACAUCUACGCUUCUGGGUCUUCCAAAUUGUGCUGGUGUCCACCCCUUCCAUCUUCUACAUCGUUUUUGUUCUGCAUAAGAUUGCCAAGGAUGAGAAGCUGGAUGGCCAAAGGGCAGAGGUGGUCGCCCAGAGACCCCCCGAACAGAGGCAAAUGGAAAAGGAUGGGAUGGAGGCCCUGAGGGUCAACAUGCCAUCCUACUGUCCCCACUACAGGGAGGAAUGGGAUGUGAGGGACAGGGAAGGGGUAGAACAGAGCUCUGUGGAGGAGCAUUAUAGUGAAGUAGGAGAGGACCCCACCCAGCAGUCCAACCAGGUUCUGCUCAUCUACAUUCUUCACGUUUUACUUCGAUCUGUCAUGGAGAUCACUUUCUUGGUGGGUCAGUACUUCUUGUUCGGAUUCGACGUGCCUCAGCUGUACCGCUGUGAUACCUACCCCUGCCCCACUCUUACAGACUGCUUUGUGUCUCGUGCCACAGAGAAAACAAUCUUCUUGAACUUCAUGUUCAGCAUCAGCCUGGGUUGCUUCGUGCUCAACAUCGCAGAGCUCCACUACCUGGGCUGGGUCUACAUUUUCCGUGUCCUCUGCUCAGCCUGCUCCACCUGCUGCAGUCAGGAGAUGGACACUGUCAGACUGUACUCAAGCCACAACCCCCUCCUGCUGCAGCUCAGGCAUUCUCUAAGGGGCCAGCUUGUUCUGCAGACCCCAGCAGCACUGGCCCCAGAGAAGAACGGAGGUCUGCUUGCACAUGCUCCGGCCAUCUCCUUCGAGACGGACUCAACUGUGGAAUGCACCUCCAAGAGAAGUCCAGAGAGCAGAGACAAAGUCAAGGUCAAACUAGCCAACAUGGCCAGGCUGGGACGGACUAAGAAGUCAUGGCUAUGAGAGGACAUGUUUUUUUUCACAUGCGUUUAAAUUUGAGAAAGGAAAGGACCUUAAAGGCCUUUAUUAUGGUAAAAUGAAGCAUGGUAGUGAGGUUUGCUGUAGCAAAAGGCCGGAUUGUGAAGUGUUUCGCAACGCUGUCUUCACAUGUCUGUCUUGACAUCGGUAAAAUGUUUCUGAGCUGAUGUGACCGUUGUGCUUCUUUAGAAAAAGACGGUACUACUGUUUGCGUCGUGCAUCAUAAAAUGCUGCACUCAAAGUGAAAAUUAUUUAAACUCUGACCCUGACUGCAGCUGAGCUUUCAAUGCGCAACCAUUAAGAUAACAGCUGUAUAAAAUGGAAGGGAUUAGUAAGGGGUGUAACCAUAGAAACAAAACUAACUGGCUGUUUCCCCAGAGGGAUCACGUAUCAUGUGAAAGAAGCUUAAGUUUUUCCCGAUCCAUGAUACAUAGUUAUUGUAUUUAUGUACUGUUUACUUAUUCCCAAAAUCUACAGUUGUACAAGAAAACAUGUUUUUACGUUUUGUACUAACAUGCAAUAAUUGAUUGGAAUGCCAACCAAGCAUCAGAAAGAGGAAGUCCAAGUAACUCCUGGAGAGGAAGGAGAGAAAGCUGCAGAGCUUGUGUGUUUAGUUGUGAAUGAAGUGUGCUCUGAUGUAAUGUUAUAAAUAUUUAUUCACUUUUAUUUUGUCAAUCAAUAUUUUGUCUGACAAUUGAUGUACAUUUCAUGUAAAAUGGAGAAUCCAAUCUUCAUAUGUACUCCGCACAUUUUCCUGAAGUUAGGAGUAGGUCAGUAGCCUGACUCUGUACUUCUGUUUCAUAAGUGUCCAAACGAGUGCAACACUGAAGUUCUUGAUGAAAGAUUGUUGGUUUUCCCCUUUCUGAAUUAUGACUUUUAGCUUUUUGGUGCUGCUGAUCUGAAAAGCGCUAAGCAUGUUUGCCUUCCAUUGUGGUUAUUUUUAAGCACUCUGUAGUUGCUAUAGGCAGAGAGCUAUAGAAAGCAAAAAUGUUAAAAACCUGGACUUUGAGUUAGGAAUUAUAGCCACCAAAUCAAUCAUAAAACAAGAUGUUUUUUAGACAGAUAAACUGAUUGUUUUCUUUUGCCAAGGAAAAGGUUCCACUGUGAUUCACAAUAUUUUUAUUAUUGCAUUAAAGGACAUUGGCGUACUGCAACAACUCAAAAAUCCAGUAUUUUGUUGAAUAUCUUCCUCCUUUCAAGAUCUUGCUGUAUUCAGGUAUUUUACAUGCACAGAUAUAUAAAUGAGUAUUAAGUUUGUACAGUGGUGCAUUGCUUUUUUCAUUCUUGGAAGUAGAGAGUGUUUCUCGAUGAACAUAUUUUAAUAAUGAAAUGCAAUGAAAGAUGAAAAUUGCUUGCUAGGAAGAGAAAGAGAAUCAUGCAUAAUGCCAUAUGUUGACAUGUCCAAUUCCUGUAAGUAAAGUCAUACUGUGAGCAGACCAUCUAUGCCAUUUGUCCUACAUUUAGAUGUCGGCUGAUAUCAA